UGCAAUGACCAAAAAUAUUCAAACAAUUUUAACGCCAUUUCUAACGAUCAGUUAUAUGUUUGGUUUAAGAAUUGCUAAUUUGUCUACAGAUCUCUCGAAACUAUGGUUUAGUUUUUUAUAUAUGCUGUUAGUUUGGUUGAUUUACUAUUUUCUUUCGACACGUACAUUAGUGUAUUCUAUUCAUGAAUCUUAUCCAAUUGAGUACCACAUAUGUUAUUGGCUGGAGAUAUUUAUGACUUCAUUAUCAAUCGUGUUUGGUAUAUAUCAUAAUAAGAAAUUCCAGAAUUGCCUAAAGAGGUUUGAUAUUGUUGACAAUACGCUGUUAGAACUCGGAACAGUAAUAGAUUAUGACAAAUUACAUAAAAAAUCAUUAUGGAUCGUCUUAGGAUGGUUCAUAGUAGUUAUAUCAUUAAAUAGUAUAACGGCACUGUUCGUAAAAGCUGAACAUGACUGUGACAUUUUAACUGCUAUGAUUGUCGUCUUCACACGAAAUUACUCUUUUCAUAUUAAUGCUAUCGGUGACUUGACUACUGCAACUAUUCUUGG